GGGAAAGUGGGGAACUAGGUUAGUGGGGCUCGGGGGGUGCAGCUGGAGAGGAAGGUGAGAGACGGGUUUACAGCGCACCUGGCGGGAUGGAGAGCCAGGGGGGGCCUGGGGGCCCGAGAGGCGCUGCUGCAGGGUCCCGGGGGGUCUUGGGGGCUGGGAGGAAGAGGGAGCGAGCACCCUGUACCCCAGUCCCGAAGGCCCGGGGCCUGAGCUGAAAGGAGCCCAGAAGCAAAGAGGGGAGUAGACGGGGCCGGAGACGGGCUGUCUUGUCGCUCCAGAUGCUGCUGCUGCCCCCGCGGCCGCCCCACCCUCGUUCCUCCUCGCCGGAGGCCAUGGACCCGCCGUCCCCCAAGGCAGAAAGCCCUUCUUCCACGCCCUCCUCGGUGGCGGCGCCCCUACCCCCGACGCCGGCCCACCUGCUCAUCGACGCCAACGGGGUCCCCUACACGUACACGGCGCCGCCGGAAGAGCCGCCCCCGAGCCCGCCCCCCCGCGAGCCGUCGCCCGUGGAGCCCCCGCCUCGCAAGGGCUACAACUGCCCGGAGUGCGGCCGCGUCUUUGCCAGCCCCCUGCGGCUGCAGAGCCACCGCGUGUCGCACUCGGACCUCAAGCCCUUCACGUGCGGCGCCUGCGGCAAGGCCUUCAAGCGCUCCAGCCACCUGUCCCGGCACCGCGCCACGCACCGCGCCCGCGCCGGCCCGCCGCACACCUGCCCGCUCUGCCCGCGCCGCUUCCAGGACGCCGCGGAGCUGGCGCAGCACAUGAGCCUCCACUAAGUCCAGACCCGGCGCCGGGCCCCGGCGCCCGACCCGCACGCAGCGGCACAACCACACACUCCCCGGCGCUGCUGAGGCUACUGCCUUACCCCGGGCCUCAGUUUCCCUGUCUGUCCCGAGGGAGAACCGUCAUUCCUGUCUCCGUCCCCCCCUUCCUCCCUGACUGUGUGAUGUGAGCCCAGGCGCUGCCCACUCCCCCUCCUGGGCCGGUGCCCGCCCCGCGGUGCGCGGGAGCCUUUGCCAGUGACUUUCUCUGAGCCCUGGUGUCCUGCUCCAGUGGCGAGUGGUGGCCCGCGUGGCAGACUCGACAAGAGCACACGCACGGCUCCUCUGUAUCCCCCUCCCACCCCGCCCGCACCCUGUUCUCAAUAAACAUUCCGCACUUC